AUGGACCUUAUAUACAGUCAAGAUUAUGGUACUUUGGAAAUAUAUAAAAUUGUGUGUAGGGCUAGCUUGUUAUUAUAUUUAAGUGAAGAAAAACUAAAUGAGAUUGAUAAGAGGUGUUUAUAUGGAUGCAGUGAUUAUAAGUUCUCUGCUACAUUAAAAUUCUAUAAUUCACAAUACUGUUUGAAUAUAAACCCACAGUAUAGUAAAUUUGAAAGUGAUUUAUCCUUUUACUUUAAAUUACCAGGAUAUAUCAAAGUAAAAGAUUUAAUUUCUGUUCAAUAUUAUAGAGAGACAAAAUUAACAGGAAUAAAUCAAAAUAUAUUAAAUAGAAAUAAUAAUCUUACUCCAUGUAUAAGGAUUGUAUUAAGUCUUGCUCAAAAUUCUACGACAAAUAUGAGCUUAGUUGAUAAUAUAAUUAGUGAUAAUUUUGAAUAUUUUGAAUUGGAUAAUGUAAUUACUGUUAGCCCUAAUUUUGAAAUUAAUAAAUUAAAACAUAUUACUAAUAAUGAAAAGGAAUUUCAAGUCAGAAUAUUAUGUAGAGAAUGUACUCAUGAAAUUGCAUCUUAUAAUAAUAAAUUAUUCUUUAUAGCUCCAUUACCAACGGAAAUAGUUCUAAAUUAUUCAGAAGCAUUAACAUGUGAUACUUGUUAUCCUUUAAUAUCUAUUAAAGAACGAAAUAAUAAGUAUGAUUUUAGACCACGUCCAAAUUGGAUUUGUAUAGGACCUCAACAUAUAUCAAUUCAUAAGAUCAAUUGUAAUGAAAUAUUUAAGUCAAUAUUAGAAAGUGAGAAAUCAAAUCCACAUUCUGAAUUAUCUCUACAAAUUCACAUUGCAAAUAAAAUCCAUAAUCUUUAUGGUUAUAACACUAUAAAGUGUAAACUAAAUAUUUUAUCUUGUCCAUCAUGUCAAAGUAAUAUUGGAUGGUUUGAUUUAAAUACUAUUUAUAUUUGGAAAUAUGCAAUUAAAUUUGAUAAAGUAUAUAGAAAUAUUGAAAAUUCUAUAGUAAAAGAAAUUAUAAAUAUAUUUAAAAAUCACACAUUAAAUUCUUUAUUAGCCUUUUAUUUAGAACAAGAAUGUAGAGAAAAUGGUACUUCCCAAGUUUAUAUUAUAAAUAAAAGUGAUAAACAAGAAAUAAAUGAAAUAUAUUCACUUAAAAUAUUUCAAAGAGAUAUAUUAUUGAUAGAUUUUCCAUUAUUUAUUGAUAAUAUUUCAUUAAAUAAUAAUAAAGAAUAUUUUAAUAUACAUAAAGCUCUAAAAGUUCAAUUUUCUAAAAUAGAAGAUAUAAAUAAUCAUAUAUUUAAAAAUAUAAUGGAUUAUCCUAAUGAUAAUCUAUCUAUUGAUCAUUUAAAUCUAAAAAUAUCUGACAUAUAUAGAUCUAUAAAUAUAUUUAAUAUUAAAGAGGUAUGUAAGAAGUAUAAUAUAGUGACAUUUAGUGAAAAAGAAUUCAUAGAAUUAAAGAAGUAUUUAAAAGAAAAGGAAAUAGGUGAAAUGAUUUCAAUAAUUGAUCUAUCAAUAUUUGAUGAAGAUUUAAUAUAA